GCACGUGUGCUGGACGCUCGUGAGAAUCCGUAGACCUUUGGCUUUCCCACGAGCCACGGCUGCGAUUUCGUGGGUUCGUCCCGUUGUCGGUGGUGCAACUUGCCCGCCACUAUUCAUCCACUUGAUUCGGGGUGGGUUCCGGCGAUUCGGAGCGAGUUUGUCCCACGCUGGCACUGCCGCUGCCACUGCCACUGGCAUUGGCCAUUAGACAUUAGGCAUUUCCACUUUGCUGCUUGCCGCGCUCGAAACCUGAGCGACAGCAUGCCGAAUCAAAUGAAAAGCACUUUUUAUAAUUUUCGAUUUUGAUGUUCGUUUUUGAAAUUGAUACGGGGCGCCAUUAUAGUCAAGCUUACGCCUCGACCAUCGAAAUUAAUCGAGGAAAUGGCAGAAAUGCUACACUAAACCGUUUUGUGGGGGAGAAUAAGUAAUGAUAUUGCCAAAUUGCAACCUAUAAUAGGAAAGGUACAUAGGUAUAUAGUAUAGGGAUUCUUAUGGCAAUAUUGGCGAUUUCUUAGGGUGACAGGACAAAGAGGUUUGCAAAAAACAUGUUACCACAGAUAUCCACCGAAGAAUAAUUUUUGCAUAAGGAUAAUUCAACCAAGAGAAAACACAUUAGUUAAGUAGAUUUUUUAAUAGGGAAGGUUGUAUUAAACCACAACGUAUAUCAGCCAUAUUAGUAAGCUCACUUUUUAUUUUUCCUUGCAAUUUAAUUGUUUUUAAUCCAAUGCUAGCUUUAAACAUAAAAUCCGUCUGGCUGAUGUUUACGAAAUAAUAGUCGGGCAAUUCCCGAUAAAAUAUUUUAUUAUAUCAAAAUUUAUAGGUUAUAUUGGCAUUGAUCAGCUUGAUAUAAUUUAAUUUAAAAAACAUUUUUUAAAAGUGUGGUAAUGACAGCUAGGUACCGUUAGAAUGGGAGUGGCCGAAAUAUUUAUUGCUUAUGGAAAGAAAAUGGCUAUACAAUUAAAUAAAUUGUGGUAAAAAUAUAACAAUAUUGUUUGCGACAAAAUGAUUUUUCAAGCAAAAUCACUAUUUUCGACUGAUUGUUCCUAUAGCAGCUAUAUGAUAUAGCAUAAAAUUUUCGCUAAGCUCGCCCUGGAUAUAUAUACUAAUUUCUUAUGUAGAAUUCAAAGUUUUCGUUGCAAAAUAAUUGAAAACAAACAAGUUUUCCAUACUAACACUUAAUUUCAAACUGAUCGUUCAUAUAAUUUUGCUACAAAAAUAAGAAAAUUUCGUGACCUCAACUAGAAGUAUUUUUCGCCGCUUUCCCCAUAAAAUGGGAACCACUGUGCGACGCUUCAAUCUGCAUGCUUAACUAGUUUUAGAUUCAUGCUUUUAUAGUUCCCGAGACCUCUGCGUUCAUAUGGACGGACAGACAGACGGACGGACUAGGAUUAUGGCAGUUAUAAAAAUUAAGAAAAAAAUUUAGAAUUGAUAUAAUCAUGUAAAUAUUCAAGAUGUAGCGUAGUUACAUGUAUAUGUAACGAAGCGCAUCUCAGAGUUUAUAAUGGCAAAUCAAAAAGGUAGGGAAUGGGAAUUCGCCCAAAACUCACGUCUGCUUUUAUGUAAAUUCGUACAAAAUAUUUACGUUUUACCGUAGCAAUCCAAGUUGCUUAUAUCCUUUUGUGAUACAAGCGAAUUAUUUCCGCAUUAGCAUAUUUCUAGGUAAACAAAUCGAUUUCACCUCGUGCGAUUUCUAGGUCAACUUCGGUCACCUGCUGGCGCAGUCGUUGUUAUCUCGUCUCCUGCUCCUGCACCUGUGGAUGUUCCCGUUCCCAUUGCGAAUCCGGGAUGCCGCAACCUUGAGCCGGCACUGACCUAGAACUGUGUUGGCCACCCACCAGCACGCGUCCCACUGCACAGAUAGAGGUCAACGGCGGCUGUUGCACUUGUUGGGGCUUUACCCGGCGCCACGCGAUGCCACACGACCGGCGCGUGCUCCAGUUUGAGUUCCAUUGCCGGGUGCAGCCGCUCCAGCGGCGAACAAGUGGACGGCGGACGCCGCCAGUUUGUCGCCCACGGCGCCGAUUAGAGGCCGUGCUGCAGAUGCUUCAGAUGCUUUACAGGCUGCUGAAAGGCUAUAUCAGAUGCACAGGCGAUACAAUCGGAUGAAUCGAUGACAGAGGCUUGCUCAUUUGCCGGCGCUAGCCGCUCCUUGUCGCACCCUCUCACUUGCUCACUUGCUCACUUGGCGGCGAUCGCCGAGCGUCGAAUAUGUUUGCUUCCCGUUUCCUACCCCAAUCUCGGCCAGCACGCGCUGCGCGUUGCCAGGGGGUGGUUGCUGCUGCAUCUUAUUGGACGGCUGCCGCAGGCGGUAAAAAGGGGUUGAGCGGCGGCAGCGGAGGGCAGGUCGUCCGCUCGACGUGUGCUGCAGAAUCAGUCGAACGCCGUUCGCGCACACGAUAAGUCACGUGCUCAAACUAGCUCCGCCAGCCCGGUCUAGCCGCUAACUGCAUCUGCCUCUGCAACUAGCAACACGCAGCACAGCUACAGCAACAUCAACAUCAACACAGUAGUGUCAAGUGCGCAGGAGCAGCGAGUAAACAAUAGUCACCACUCACAAUGGAUCACAACAUGCACGUCAACGCGCCGUCGCUGCACCACUGGGGCUACACCGCCGGACCCGGCGUGGUCAUGCCCGGCGCCACCGCCAGCACACCCCAGAGCCACUGGGUGCCGCCGCCGCAGAGCCACCACAGCGCCCACAGCAACCACAGCCACGGGCACAGCCAGGGCCACAGCCACGGCAUCGGCAGCCUGAAGCGGACGCUCUCCGAGAGCGACUGCGACGAUCUCUACUCCGAGGAGUCCUCCAAAGAACAAAUCUCGCCCAGUGAGACAGGCAGCUGCCAACUGAUGAGCCGCAAGAAGCGACGCGGAGUGAUCGAGAAGAAGCGGCGGGAUCGGAUCAACUCCUCGCUCACCGAACUCAAGCGCCUGGUGCCGUCCGCCUACGAGAAGCAGGGUUCCGCCAAGCUGGAGAAGGCCGAAAUCCUUCAGCUGACCGUGGAGCAUCUCAAGACCUUGCAGUCUAAAACUCUCGACUCGCUCAGCUAUGAUCCGCAGCGAGUGGCCAUGGACUACCAUAUCAUCGGGUUCCGCGAGUGCGCCGCGGAGGUGGCCCGCUAUCUGGUCACCAUCGAGGGCAUGGACAUCCAGGAUCCUCUGCGCCUGCGCCUUAUGUCCCACCUCCAGUACUUUGUGCAGCAGCGCGAACUGUCGGCCAAGAGCUGUGCCAGUCCGGGUGGCUGGUCUCCGGCUGCUCCCAGUUCCUCCGGCUACCAGCCAAACUGUGCGGCUGCUCCCUACCAGAGCUAUGCUGCGCCAGCGAACCCGGGUGCCUAUGUGUCCAGCUACCCCACUCUAAGUGCCUCGCCCUCGCAGCAGGCUCAGCAGCUGGGAGGACGCACCAGUGUCUCGCGGACAAGUGGAAGUGCCGUAAAUGAAUCGCUACCCAGCCAUGAUCUCCACUCAGACAGCAGCAGCCAACAGCAGCAGCAGCAGCAGCAACACCAGCAGCAGCAGCAUCAGCAGCAACAGCAACGGACGCAGACCACACCUCAGCCCACGCAGCAGCAACACUACACCCACGACCACAGCGCAGUGCAUCCCGAGCAGCAGGUGCCCACCUACAUAGAGCUGACCAACAGCAAUCGCCCAGCGGCCCUAGGUUCCGAGAGCCUUAGCUACAGUGCCGCUCCUCAGUAUCCGGUCAGCGGACUGCCAGGCCAGGACUACAACAACUCCAGCGUGCUGCAGUACGCCACUCCCAACGGAGCCAAGCCCUAUCGUCCUUGGGGCGCCGAAAUGGCCUACUGAUCGUGGCAUAAGCCUCAGAAAGGAUAUUUCAACCUCUAGUCAGAGCAGACCAAGUGUGAUAGUCUUAAGUUUCGCAUCCUACACAGAGAAAAAAAAACGGAGAAACAACGCAGUGAGAUUAGCUAGUGCCGUAAGCCUUUAAGCUUAAGUUAUACCCUAUGAUAACUAUAACUUUGAACCUUUUGUGAAUCUAUUGUAAAUAAACGCAUGAGUUUAUAGGUGAAAA